AUGACCAUAAUCCCAACUUGUCUCUGGUUCUUACUAGUGUCUAGCUUCACAUGCGCGAACGAGGCCGACGUAUAUUGCUUGAGGGACAUAUAUUCUCAAGUCAAGGAUCCAAACCGAUAUUUAACGAGUUGGGUAUUUGGCAACACGACUUCAGGUUACAUCUGCAACUUCAGUGGUGUGACUUGCUGGCAUGAUGAUGAGAAUAGGGUUCUGAGCAUUAAGCUUUCUGGUUUUGGUCUCGAAGGAGAAUUCCCUUCUGGGAUUAUGUACUGUACUGGUUUGGUAGAUCUGGAUCUUUCUAGAAACAACUUCUAUGGAGCUUUGCCAUCCAACAUGGCCUCUUUGGUUCCAUUUCUCACAACUCUCGACCUCUCUUACAAUCGAUUCUCCGGUGAAAUCCCAGCCAGUUUAUCAAAUAUUAAGUUCCUGAACAUUCUUAUGCUCCAGCAUAACCAGUUCACCGGUCAACUUCCUCCCGAGCUAGCGUCACUUCCGCGGCUCUACAAGUUUUCAGUGGCAGACAAUCAACUGACCGGUCCUAUCCCACGUUUCAACGAAACAACAAUGAGUAUUGGACCGGAGAACUUUGCUAAUAACGAGGGUUUGUGUGGUCGGCCUAUGGAUGCUUGUGUUGACCCGGAAGAAGAAACUAUCCGGUUAGGGAAGAUGGGUGCAGCAGUUGGUGCGGCUUUACUUGCACCAGUAGGUGCAUUCUUAGACUGGUUCUCCUUCAACAGAAGGAAGAAGAAACAAGGAGAUACAAGACACCGCAGCUUGAUUUUCCACAUUGGGGACUGA